AUGGCCGAUUGUGCAGGUCCUCUACGACCUGCGGAUAGUUGGUCCACAACGGAAGUCCGUUCAGUAACUCAUAGUCAUGUAUGGACCAUUAAAGGAUUCAGCCAAUGUGAAUGUCGAUACCUCGAAACCUCGGCGAAGAUUCGUGAUCUCACGGCAAGUUCUCCGCCAAUGCUUACGUUCCGUAUUCGAUUACAUCCUCAGGGAAACAAAGAAUCCAAUAAGGAUUUUAGUUUUUUUCAAUGUUUUUCGAACCAGACAAAUGUGCAGUUCAAAGCUAAGUUCAAGUUCACGGUGUUCAACUCACGAAAUGAGGAAAUUCCCACAACGGUCUAUACAGGGACUCAACAGCUUCAUGGUUACUUCGAGUACAUACGUCGAGAUCUCCUAAUUAGCCAUGUACAUCCGUCCGAUGAACUUCAGUUAGUGUUGAACAUGACAGUAACGUUUGAUACUGUAACCAGGACUAGUCAAGCUCCUAAAGCUCUCGGCCCACCCGAGCCAAAACCAGCAGAAGUGACAAAGGAUCUCGAGUCAAUAUUCAAGGAUUCCAAGUUGUCAGAUUUCACUAUUGUCGUUGGAGACAAAGAAAUUCCAGUUCAUAAGGUUAUUUUAUCUGCGCGAUCUCCAGUGUUUGCUGCCAUGUUGGAGCCGCAUACAGAGGAAGCGAAAACAAAUCGGGUCGUAUUAGAAGACAUGGAUUACGAGGUGUCUGCGGUGGGUAACGAACGCGUUAUUAUCCUUUCCGGGACUGCUGCCGACAGGUUUCAGUUGCCUGGACUUAAAGAGAUGGCUGAUCAUGUCUUAAGGAGUGGCUUAAUUGUUGAUACGGCGUGUAAAUUUUUGGUGUACGCCGACAUGUACAAUUCCAACGAUCUGAAAACAGAAGCUGUGAAGUUCAUUGCUCAGAAUAUCAACAGUGUUAUUCAGGUUGGAUCGUUAUUUUAUUUUAUGAAUGCUGAAUUAGCAGUGAAUGAACGAAGUUUUCACACCAUUCCACGAGCUUUCUGGAUCAGAGGAUGGUUUAGUGCUUUGAAAAUCGCGUUCUUCCGAGAGCGAUUUCUAUGGCAACAUCGAACCCAAAACUUAGUUGAUUAA